CUUUAUCGCGCCCAACACAUGCCUGACUCCGAACGCCAACUGCCAAUCGGCCUCCAUUUGACUAUCGUCAGCUCCUCCUCUCCUCCCCUUCACACGAGUCCCAAUGAGCCCAGGCUACCGGCAACCGACUCGUCGGAUCAGAUCAUGUUUGGAUCAUGUUCGAGCAGCGAUUCCACUUGGUCAACUCAACGCAUAACGUUCACAUUCACUUUGGGCAAGCUUGACUCGAAGCCUCUGCGUCAACUUAACGAAAGGGACAGUUUCGAAAAAUGUUUUUCUUAUCUAUUUUGA